GGUGCGCUGCGUCUGACUUCACCCUGCUCAGUCCGACUCUGUUAUUGUUGUUGUGUCGGUGACGCGGCAAGUCCAGCCGGCCGAACGGCAAAUGAGUCAGCAUCAAUAAUCUGCCAAUCUGUGGAUGUGGAGAUUAACAUAGAUCUCCCAGCAAACCCUCACACAUCGAUUAGCGGUUAUAAAGCAAAGAUGGCGGUUCCUGCAGCCCCAAACCUGCAGCUGAACACGGCGAGACAAAGCAGCCCUGUGAACUCUACAGAAAACAACAUCCACAUCGACGAGAGAGAGCUGGAAAACAUCACCAACCACAUCGAGGACGGCACCUCGCUGCCGCUGCACUCUCCAUGGACCUUCUGGCUGGAUCGGUCAUUACCCGGUACAACGGCAGCGGAGUGUGAAUCAAAUCUGAAAAAGAUAUACACUGUCCAUACUGUACAGAGUUUCUGGAGUGUGUACAACAACAUCCCUGCUGUGUCCUGCCUCCCUCUGAGGUGUAGCUACCACUUAAUGCGAGGAGAAAGAAGACCACUAUGGGAAGAAGAGAGCAAUGCCAAGGGAGGUGUUUGGAAAAUGAAAGUGCCAAAGGAGAGCACAUUAGCUGUGUGGAAAGAGCUGCUAUUGGCUACAAUUGGUGAACAGUUCACAGAUUACUGUGCAUCAGAGGACGAGGUGGUAGGAGUAAGCGUCAGUGUGAGAGAACGAGAGGAUGUGGUUCAGGUCUGGAAUGGAAACGCAUCUUUUGCCAACGAGGCAAACGUUUUAGGAAGAAUCUACGAACUUCUUCCACAGAUAUCUUUUAAAGCAGUAUUUUAUAAACCACACGAGGAGCACCAUGCGUUUGAAGGUGGUCGCUCAAGACAUUAGCGAGCUUUGCACAUCCACCAGUUUUCCCUCUUUUUGGACUGAUAGAAAAUGGACUGAAAAUGGAAAAAAAAUCCCUCCUGGGCGAACAGAACUCUUGGGUUUUGCGGUUGUUUCAUAUCAUAGGGAAUUAAGUUGUAAGCAUUGCAGAUGACCCCUCCAUGCUUUUCGUGAACAGUUUUCUCAAACCAGAUAUUUAGGCAAUACCAAUAAACAUCACAUAGCCAGUAGCAUAUGUAAUAUAAAUCAACACGACAGAGCAAUGUUGCCAAUUGUUAUUGUUUCGCCUCCCCGUUUCUAGGUUUAUUGAUCAAAUGUGCAGUCCAGUGACAGUUGCUGCUUGUCAAAGUAUAUACUAGUUGUGUUAGAAAUUUCAUUUACAGAGUUAGGAUCAAACUCUUUAGGGCUGUCUUUUCCUUAGACACACAUUAGGCAUAACCUUAGACUAAAGAAAAAAUGUCCGAGGCUAAGCUUAAUCUGCUUCUGGGAACUCUCUUUUAUGCAAAAGUAUUGCACAUUUCUCUUUGGAAAAAAAAAAAAAAAAAAAAAAAACUU